ACGCGCGUGCGCAGAGCCGUCAGUUGAUUGUCAGCCUCCGCGCCAACUAGGUGUCUGUUUGUGUAGUUAAAGCUUUAUAUUUAUGCAAGCAUGCAUGGACUCUAAGUACACGCUGCAAUAUAAUUUAUAGCAACUUGUUUUCAAAGUCAUUACGUGUCGUGAGAGUUUCUGCUGGCAGCGUCAGCUUAUAACAAAUUGUGCAUUUUAAAAUAUUUAUAUAAAGCACAAUUAAAUAAAACAUAAACAAAUAAAUCAAGCGAACAAAGUGAACUUGACGACAUUACCAAGUAAAGUUUUUGGGUAAUUUCUUGAGCUUCCUGGCAAACUGCAAGGCGCUUACCAUAAGCAUACCACACUUGCAUACAAAAUUACGCGAACGACAUGCAAAUGACAAAGACCAAACUACUGCUGGUGCUGGUGGCCCUCGCUUUGUUUAUAAAUAGCGCCCAUGGCGCGCGUAGACUGCGCAAAAAGCCCAAGAUUUAUAAUGCGCUCAUCACCACCGACGACAAUCUGACCUCGAGUCGUGCCUAUCCCGUUAUACAGCCAACUAUACAUGAGCCAGGCUAUACGCAUGCGCCAUUUGGCCCAUAUAAUCCCUUUAACUUUUACAGUCCGCCGCUGGUGCGGUUUGGACAGCCGCUGGUGCCAGGCCUGUCGCCCAACGAACAACUGCCCUACCCAUUGCCCUCCGCUACACAAUUUCCGCCUGUCUACGCUGCGUAUGAUCCGCAAGAGCAGUUGCCUAGAGAACAGCAGCCAGAAGCACAGCCCACGCAACCCGAGUUGAUGGCGCAUGCUGAAGCUGCUUCAGGUGAAACAGCGGUCAAGGAGCAACAGCCUUUGCCGCUCAACAAUCAAGGAUUGCCCCCCGUUCUUAUACAUUUAAACUCGCAUAAUCAGAAGCAGCAGCCUGCCGCACAUCUGCCCCCUUAUCCUUACAAUCAAUAUCCUUUGGUUUAUGAUCAAAUGUCUGGUUAUUUACGCCAGCGUGAAAGCUAUCUGCCACCCUAUGAUUAUUAUCCCAGUCAGGGUUAUCCCACAACACGUAAUCCAACUGCAGCAGAAACAGCGCCCCCGCCACCAAUGCAACCAAAGCCGCUGGAGCUUCAAUCUCUGCCACUGGAUGAAUUGGACAACACGCCAAGCUUUGAGGACAUUAAAAAUGGCUCGGAGAAUAAGAACAGUGAUGUGCCCGAUGUACCGCCGCCACCAAUACCAUCGGGUCCAAAGCGACCACCACCCAAGGAUUAAUAAGUUUUGAAGCGUUUCAACUCUUUCUUUAAUAUACCGUAUUUAUUACCAUUUUUAUAAGCAUUUCAUUGUAUCGUAUAAGUUUAGUAAGUGUUACGCACAGAUAACGAUUGAAUUAAAAAACACCGCAGAAGCGGUUGAAUGAACUUGCGACUGCACACUUGG